AUGUCUGAUCACGAGUUUGGAGGUAACGACGAUUUGUCGCUCCCGAAAGCUACUGUUCAAAAAAUUGUAUCUGAAAUUCUUCCCCCAUCGGCAGGCGUGGCAUUCGCUAAAGAGGCUCGCGAUCUCUUGAUUGAAUGCUGUGUCGAGUUCAUUACCCUCAUUUCAUCAGAGGCGAACGAGAUUUCUGAGAAGGAAGCAAAGAAGACUAUCGCCUGCGAUCACAUCACGAAAGCUCUCGAGCAACUAGGCUUCACUGACAUGGUCCCUGCUGUUCUCGAGGCAGCAGCUGAGCACAAGGAAGUUCAAAAGGGUCGAGAGAAGAAGGCAGACAAGUUUGCCAACAGUGGUAUGUCCAUGGAGGAACUCGCUCGUCUACAGGAGGAGCAGUUCGCAGCUGCUCGAGAGCGUCACGGUUAG